AUGGACCCCAGCAGCAACCUCAAGGCCGGCCACGCACCCGCGGUGUUUGCCGGCGGGCGGCGCAAGUCGCAGUCGAGCUACGUGCCGACGUUCAAGAAGCCGUCGGAGGAGAAGACGGCCAAGGAUGCGCGCGACGACGAGGGCGGCCAGGAGCUGAUCCGGCAGCAGGAGUUCGAGGACAAGCUGUUCCUGCAGCAGCAGGUGGUGGAGCAGCAGCAGCAGCAGCAGCGCAAUGAGCAGCGCAACCACCAGUUCCACAACCGCGCGCCCAACAUGACCGAGACCAGGCGGAUUCGCCAGCCGGCGCGCUUCAACUCGGGCCUGCCCAAGGAGACCGUGCAGGUGAUGCGCGAUAUGAAGUCGAGCUCGUAA